AUGAACAGUCACCCACCUCAACCACACGGAUGGCAGGCCAGCUAUCCAGUUGCAGACCGUGUCGCACGAGCGUCUAAUUUAAUAACAAACGUCGCCCUCGCUCUGGGAAGCGUUGAGUUUUCUAAAGCCACUGAAUCCGGUAUCACAUUCGAGCGCGACAUGUUUUUCAAGUCGCCAACCAAGGAAAUAUACGAACAACAAAUGUCAACAAAGACUCAGGAAUUCUUUCGGAAACGGGAACAGAAUGAACCUAAUAUCCGGAACACCCUCAACGCCCAAGCCGCCGCCGCCGCACAGGCACAAGCUCAGGCCCAGGCCCAGGCCCAACAGCUCUUAAUGGGCCAAAAUAUGAUGCAAAUGGGACGGGGCGGCCCUGGCCCACACCAGGGAUUCCAGCACGUCCAACAUCCCAUGCAGGGGGCCAGGUCCCGCAAAUGCCAAUGGAUAGGGUCCCUUUCGGCGCAGGACCGCCAGAAAGUUUUGGAGAGGGCCAUGAAACUCAUGGCUGCGGUACCCGAACCUCAAAAGGCGAAUAUCCGUGCGACGAUGGCCCGUCGACUGAGCCCUCAACAACUGCAACUACUUCAGUCCCAGGGGCGAGAUCCUCUCGUGAUAUAUUUCCAGAAUCAGGCCGUGCAAGAGCUUCAGAAAGCACGCAUGGGAAAUCCCGCUGGACAGAUGAACCCAGCCCAACAAGCAGCGCUGCUGCAGCAGCGUGGCAUACCGCAGGGCGCGCCCAUGCCCGGUGGACCACAUCAAAUGGCAGGCAACUUUUCCCAGUUCGCAAACAUGGGUGAAUUAGUAAACCAGCAGAAUGCCGGUCUUCGAGCCCAGGAGGCUGGUCAGGUAGUCGUACCGGGCGGACCGAAUCAAAACGUUCAACCAAAACCGGGCCAGCCCGGUAUGCCAGGCCAAGGCCAAAUGGGCAUGGACCCACAAGCUGCCGUCAACCAAGCGCAGUUUCGAGCGGCCCAAAUGCAGGGGAAACAGGUUGGACCUGGUCAACCGGGCGGCCUUAAUGGAGGUCUCUCUCAGUCGCAAAGCCCUGCCCAGGUUCCGGCGAAUCGUCCCGACGGGAAUCCCAUGGAAGGUCCACAGGGCAUGGUUCCCGGUGCCAGCCCCUUCCCCGCCGGGCUUAAUCCUCGGUUCAGUCAGAUGAACAACCAGCGACAGAUGCACCCGGGCGCCGCCGGACCCAACCCUACGCACUCAGCCUUGCAUAAUAACCUCAUCAACAGUCUGAGCCCAGAGCAACAGCGCAACCAGCAAAUGAACAGGGCCCCGUCCGGCGGAGCCAACAUGCCUGGCGGCAUGGUAUCCCAGAACAACGCUCUUGGUGGGCCCAACCCCUCCGCAAUGCCGGCCGGAGCUAGCCAGCAACAACAGCUGCAGCAGCAACAGCAGAUGUUGGACAAUAUGGAAGUUCCUCAACAAGUCCUGACACAACUCGAAGCCCCUCCCGAACUAAAAACCUACCGGGAUGUCAAGCAGUGGUGCGCUCAGAAUCCGAGGGCGCAGGCCCACCUCGGCAAGCUAAACGCUAUCCAAAAGCAGCAAUAUCAGCACUAUAUGAAGCGCCGCGGAAUGCAGAUGGGUCAAAAGCAGGGCAUGGCAAAUCUUGCUGGUGCAAUGGGGGCUCCACCUCAGAGCAUGAUGCAGCUGAAUGCAGAACAAACAAGGCUUCUCCAAGCCCCCAUCACUGAGCAGGAAAUUGCCAAGAUUCGCAGCUCUGACCCAAAGUAUAUGAACAUGUCAGAUGAUGAGUUGAGACAGUUCGCGAUGACCAUGCGCCUCCAGCUCAUUAGGCAGCGCCAGCAGUUGCUCCAGCGCCAGCAGCAGCAGCAGCAGCAGCAGCAGCAGCAACAACAACAACAGCAACAACAACAGCAGCAACAGCAGCAGCAGCAACAACAACAACAACAACAACAACAGCAACAGCAGCAGCAGCAGGCUCAGGCUCAGGCGCAGGCGCAGGCUCAGGCUCAGGCCCAGGCUCAGGCACAAGCCCAGGCGCAGGCUCAAGCUCAAGCUCAGGCUCAAGCUCAAGCUCAAGCUCAGGCUCAAGCUCAAGCUCAAGCUCAAGCUCAGGCUCAGGCCCAGGCUCAGGCCCAGGCUCAAGCUCAGGCUCAAGCUCAAGCUCAGGCCCAGGCUCAGGCACAGGCACAGGCACAGGCCCAGCAGUCACAAAACCUCCAGCAGCACCAAGGACUUGAUGCAUCGGGCUCCUCUCAACCCCAGCAGCAAGUUCAGCACUCGUCGACUACCCAAGCAUCGCAAACGAAUGCUUCCACCACGGGCAAGGGCCCAGGCGGCCAAAGGAAGUCUAAUGCAACGCCGGCGACAUCGACUUCGGCUGCGAGGAAGGGAUCGGCACAGGGCAACCGCGGCCAACCACCACAACCAUCCCCCGCGCCUCCGCAGAAAAAUCUCAAGAGACCUUUCCCUGAAGAGUCGCCGGAAAUGCCGGUCCAGACGAGCGCUCCUGCUACUUCGCAAAGACCGGCGCCCUCAAAAAUCAAAUGGCAGCCGCUGGGAACCGACCUCAGGCAGGGGGUACCGAACGACGAAGUUGGGGCAAGACUGAAAGCGAUCUCGGAUGAAGAACAACGCCGUGCGAUACAAGAACCUGCGGAAGAGGUCCACCUUUCCAUCGAUCAACGUAAAGAUCUUCUUGAGAGAAUCCGGAGCCUAGCAUUUGAGUUGGGGCGCAUGGGCAAGAUCAUGUAUAAAUGGUACUCCCUCGCUCGCGACGACAAUCGAGCGAGGCUAUUUUUACGAACGAGAUAUCGGAUGGUUCGUCAGUUCCACGAUGCCGACCGACUCACCAAUCCCAAGGAAGUGCUCACGAUCACGCCUAUCGAGGUUCAACAAGGUUUUGAUGUUUUGCGGAGUAUACGCAAAGACUGUCAAGUUUUUGCCAGCAAGGCUCAACAAGGGGGCAACAACGCGGCGGCGACCCAAGCGCAAUCUCAACAGUCUGCUGCUUCCACGACCUCUACCACUUCUCAGGCGCCACUUAGUGCUGAGAAUCUCAAAGCGCAGAAUGCAGCGAUGAACAACAAGGCCCAACAGUCAACGCAGCCACCGCGGCCACCCCAGCAGCAGCAGCAACAGAAGGCUAGCGCCAAGACAACUGCUCAGUCCCAAGAUCAAUCUGCGCAGGGAGCGGCGGGCCAAAAUUCGUUCCAGAUGGGCGCAACCUCACCUCAUGGGCGACCCAAUUAUGUCAAUAAGGCAAAGGAUAUGAACCUUCAUAUCCCGGCAAAGAAACGGGCCAAGUUCACUCAUCAGCAGAACCAGCCGCAGAGUACACCGACCGGCCGGCAGCAGGCCUCGCCUCAUGCCAAGACAGCGGCUCCCGAGACUAAGAGGACCGAGGUCAAGAUGCCGACUCCCAAACCGGUCUUCCCCUGCCUCGAGGCGGAUUGCGACGUCGUGUUCCCGAAUGACGAGGCCAGAGAAGCCCACCUUCAAACCGAGCAUAUCCAGCCUAGGAACAAUCCGUUGAAAUUCUUCCAAGAAAACCUGGCGUCGACCUUGGGCCUCGAUCUGGAUGGCAACGUUCUAGGGAAUCUAACGCUGCAGGCUCUCAAAGUACCCCUCAACCAGGAGCUCUAG